AUGCGACUGCUGCUCAGGCCAGUGAACAUCGGUCAAGUCUCUCUUCCAGCUAAUCCGUACGGCAACUACAAAUGCGACUCUCCUUACGAUCUUGGUUUAGCUGCUUUGCAAGCUGUUGGCCCACUAACGGGCACUUCUGAGUCUAGCCCGCUGGGCUGGACUGUCUAUACCGGCGAUCUUGUGUCGCAUGACAGCCAGAACGAGCUUUCCCGAUUAUAUGUAGAAUACGCAGAGGCAUCUGUAUACGGCAUAUUCAAGAAGUACAUUACUGGACCUGUAUUUGCAGCAUUGGGCAACCAUGAUACGAAUCCAGAGGCUAUCGAAUCUCCACACAAACUGCCCGGCCCGCUUGGGCAACAACAGUCCUGGAACUACGAUCAUGUCGCCGGGCUAUGGCAAAACAAUGGUUGGAUCAGCAAAGCUCAGGCCGAUGAAGCCCGUUUACAUUAUGGAGGAUAUUCCAUCAAGAACCAAUUUGGGUUGAGGGUCAUCACGUUCAAUACCGACUUCUGGUAUCGAAGCAACUUCUUAACGUUCAUCAAUACCACCCAACCAGACAACAGCGGAGUAUUUGGCUGGAUGAUAAGUGAGUUGCAGGCCGCGGAGGAUGCUGGCGAGCGAGUGUGGAUCGUUGGUCACGUUCUGUCCGGGUGGGAUGGCUCGAACCCGCUUCCCAACCCCUCGGAUCUAUUCUACCAGAUCAUCGAUCGCUACUCCCCCCACGUUAUUGCCAACGUCUUCUUCGGCCACACGCAUGAAGAUCAGGUCAUGAUAUACUACGCGAACAAUGGCACAAAUCCGGGUGUCCAUAGUGCUCUGACAUCUGGCUGGAUUGGUCCGUCUGUAACACCUCUCACGAAUCUGAACUCCGGUUUCAGGCUGUACGAGGUGGAUACAGGUGACUUCAACAUUUACGAGGCUUGGACGUUCACUAGUCCUGUCGACAGUUUUGCGGACCUGACUAGCAUUCGGUCCGAUAUUCAGCCUUGA